CCCAGGCCCCAGCCCCACUGCCCACUGCCGUGUCGUUCCCCGGUUUCGGUUGAUUUGUUCGCAGUUGUAAAAGAAGCGGGAAGGGACAAGGAGAUGAAACAUGGAGAGGGUUUGGGCCGAGCGGUGGGCUGGCUACACCCUAUUGCGAGACAUUGAGCUGGAGAGGCAAAAUGGGUCAAGCUAGGAUCUGUAGGAAGGAGAUUCAGAGGGAAAGCCGGGUGAAUCGGAGAGGGUAAGUCACUGCAGAUGGAAGAAAGCGAAACCCUUGAUUUCAAAGCUCUGAAGAGAGAGUUAGAAACAGCCUUGUUUCUAGAUGAGAAAUACAAACGAGAAAAUGAUGCAAAGUUCAGGGCCAUUCAUCAGAAAGUGGGAUCAUAUGAGGAAUUCAGGGAUAUUGUGCUGGCAUCGCACCUGAAACCCCUGGACUUGCAAGACAAGUUGGGAGCAAGGAAUCAACCCUGGAAUAGAUGUGCUCGGUCAUUGAGCACAAACGACAGUGUCCAGGUGGGGCUAUCCCAGCACUCACAUUCCAAGCCGAAGACAGCUGCUGAGUUCAGCCGUGACUGGAGAAGAUAUUACAGCACUGAAGCAGAGAAAUACAGUUUCCUUCUCAACCUUGGUGGUCAGCUUUUGGGGAACAUCUUCUGUGCUGAAAUUGGAUUUGGAUAUCUUGGUGAGUUCCUCGUCAUCCUUUGCAAUAAUUUCGAACGAACAGAUGGCCAGGCAAUAUACUGGAUCCUGCUGCAUCUUUCUCAAACCCAACGAUUUGACCUAAAUGUGGAUUUCCUGAGCAGCAGUGAAAGGGAGAAAGGCAUGAAGUUAUUUCAAAUGCUGUUACAGGUGCUGGAUGGUUCUCCAGGGCUGGGCAGUGAAGAAGAGCUGGAAGGUACAGAAGAUGUUGCAAAAAAGGUGUGUGCUGCAGAGGAGGCGGUUAAUAUAGCAGUGGUACAAAAAUUAAUGGAAGCAUACAAGUUGAGUAAGUCCAGUUAGAGAUCGAGGUUUGGAAGAUUUAUCCCCAUUUUGCGUACAUGUGAUUCUUUAUUCCUUCACUUCAAAGAAAGUAAAACAAAUUUUAUUAAUUGGGAGGGUUUGCCUUUUAGGUGGAUGUUUUAGUGUCGAAAAGUGUGGUGCUGGAAAAGUGCAGCAAGUCAGACAGCAUCCAAGGAACAUAAGA